AGGAAGUUGUCUUAAAUCACCAGCUCAUGGUAUGUUGCUUCCUUUUGUCCUGUCAUAUGAUUCAGAGGGAUGGGAGCCAAAUGAAAUGGUGAGCGUCUCUAUCUCAUCAACAGACAAUUACUGCAUUGAGGUUGUUCUUCGCUGCUUGGCAACAGACGGUGAUGGACUUGGUCCACACGAACUUAAUGAUGGUGGUAUUCUUGCUAUAGUGAUUGCUGUUGGCUUUAAAGGAGAGCUUGUUCGAUUUCAAGCUGGUGUAACAAUGGAGAUCUUACGAUUAGAUGCCUGGUAUUCAAGCAAAGAUGGUUCCCCGGAAGGCCCAGCUACAUACAUCGUGCAGGGCCUUUGUCGAAGGUGUUGCAUUCCAGAAGUUAUUCUUAGAUGUAUGCAGGUUUUUGUUUCGCUUGUGGAGUCGCGCAAUCCACCUGAAAGCCAUGAUGAGCUGAUUGAACUAGUUGCAUCGCCUGAAACUGGGUUUCUCCAUUUAUUUAGUCAGCAGCAAUUACAGGAAUUUUUAUUAUUAGAGAGAGAAUACUGGAUAUGCAAAUUGGAGCUUGGAGAGGAACUUCCUUGUUGAUUUGUGUGUAAAUUAUGAGGUGCUGAUUUAGGGUUUAAUCAUGAGGUGCUGAUUUAGUAGUAGUGUAACGCUCUGCUGAUACAGUGGUAUUUUUGUGGAAUGGAUGAAGGGUUGAAGUUUUAU